GGCGGAAAUUAGAAAAUCACGUCUGGCAACCCUGCCUCAAAAAAAAACAAUCUCUCUCUUUUUAUCAGCUGUCAAAGUAGAAGACAUUGUUUCAGCCAUGGGUCGUGUCAGGACUAAGACCGUCAAGAAAGCGGCUAAAAUUAUUAUCGAGAAAUACUACACCAGACUAACUCUUGAUUUUGAUACCAACAAGAGGAUAUGUGAGGAAAUUGCUAUCAUUCCAACUAAACCACUUCGCAACAAAAUUGCUGGAUUUGCCACGCAUUUGAUGAGACGUCUAAGGCAUUCCCAGGUUCGUGGAAUUUCUAUCAAGCUGCAGGAAGAAGAACGUGAGCGUCGUGAUAACUAUGUUCCUGAAGUAUCUGCGCUUGAACAUGAUAUCAUUGAAGUGGAUCCCGACACCAAGGACAUGUUGAAGAUGCUAGAUUUCAAUAAUAUCAAUGGAUUGCAGUUGACGCAGCCUGCCACCCAGGGUGGAUAUGGUGGCAGACGUAAUUAAUAAAUAUUAUGAAAUAAGUAAAGUUUUUUUUAUAUUAUCUAUCUGUAAAGCACUUUGUAAAUUAUUGGUGUAGCUAGGGAUUUGCUCUAGGGAGGGCAGCAAGUUAACCAAGUUUAUUAGUGCCGGAUAGCACAACAGGUGUCUUAUCAAUUUUUUUAACAUAUGGUGAAUGGCACAAGAGGUGUGUCAUUUUUAAAUUCAUUGUAACUCUCCCAAAUUGUUUUGCAAGGUUCUGCCGAAAACAAAUUUAUCAUGAUUUUAAACAUAGAUCAAGCCUGUUGUAUUCAUUUCUGGAUAUUUGGUGAAUUAAAAAAUCUCAGGGGUUG